CCUAUUAUCGAACAGAACCUGAUAUCGGACGGUUUGUUUUGGUUCUAUAUGCGCAUGCGCAAAAGUGCGCAUGACGUCACAUCCAUAAACAAAGGGUCAUUUAUGAAGUCCGUGACCUACUUGUCCACUAAGCUUGCAACAAAUGCGCCGAAAACAGUCUAAUCCUAAGAAGAUAAUUAAACACAGAGGUCUUUACUCACCAACAGCUCUUCACAAUGCAUACCUUAAAGUAAAAGACAGUGGCUUGCCAGUAAGAACUGUUGCAAAACAGUAUGGUGUUCCUCAUACUACACUAUGGGACCGUGUGAAAGGGGUUAUUGACCCUGAAUGCCUCAAACCCGGACCAGCUCCACUCUUCUCUCAGGAAGAAGAGGUCAAACUAGUUGACCAUGUCAAGACAAUGGCUGCCCUUGGGUAUGGUUAUACCAUCAGUGAAGUUGUAGCAAGUGCUACAAACUAUGCAGUGUUCCUUGGUAAAAGGCCAAAUGAUAAACCUUUGUCUGUGAAAUGGUUUAAGGGUUUCCAGCAGCGAUGGCCUGAGUUGCGAGUUGUUCGUCCGAGGGCACUGUCCAACUACAGAGCUGAAGCCACAUCAGAGGCCAAUGUUCAUGAAUAUUUCAACAAUUUGAUGAGCGUUGUUGAAAAACAUGACCUCCACAACAAACCUGAGUGUGUCUAUAACAUUGACGAAAAAGGUAUCCAAACAGAGCAUACCCCACCAUUCAUAAUAAGUGGCACAUUGAAGGCACCAGCAGUUACUUCGUCAAGGUCCUGCGUUACAACAAUAAUUGGAUGUGGAAACGCAUUAGGCACACAGCUUCCACCAUUCUUUGUUUUCAAAGGGAAACGCCUGAAUGCAGAUCUGUUACAAGGGUCUACACAAGGGUCAUCAGGGUGUAUGUCUGACAGUGGCUGGUCAAAUUCAGCUGUGUUUUUACACUACAUGGACACCCAUUUCCUCAGAUAUGUGCAAAGAGUGGACAAGUCACAGCCUAUCCUUGUUCUGCUUGAUGGUCAUAAAAGCCACAUAAAUGUUCCAGUGCUGGAUUGGGCAAAGAAGAAUAACAUUAUUCUAUUCAUCUUACCGGCCCACACAAGCCAUGUCCUUCAACCUCUUGAUGUGGGUUGUUUUGGACCCCUUCAAAAAAUCUACAACUCCAUGUGUCACAGAUUUAUCAGAGAAAAUCCCUCUACAAAAAUAACAAGGUACAAUGUUGCUCCUCUUGGAUCUGCUGCAUACGUAGCAGCAUUGUCUGUGGAAAAUCUUCGAUCUGCCUUCAAGAAAUCAGGUGUUUUUCCUGUUGACGAGUCAGCUGUUAGCAAGGAGCAUUUUACCACUUUGCUACCAUAUGUUGCUGCACCAUCUGUUCCUGAAAUCAACAAAAACAUGCAUGAAAGAAAUCCUGAUGUUUUCUUCUAUGAAGCAGAAGUUGUCAUUAACAAAAAGAAAGAAUUCAACAAUGCAAAGAAAAAGAAUAACAUUCUUGAAUUUACAUCUGGCAAAGAAAUAACAGAUCCGAUAAUUGAACAGAAACUCAGGGAAAGAGCUGAAACAACAAAUGAACAGAAAAACAAGCAACAAACUGAACAAUCCAACAAACAUUCGAAGCUUAUGCCCACAAAAGAAACAGUUUAA